AUGCCCAGGAAAAUGUCUAGACUCGAAAGGAGCUUCAAUACCCAAAGUAGGGUUCUUCAGCAGUCAAAAAUAAAAUAUUUAUGCCCAAAGUGCCUCCAAGGUUUCUCCCGCUCCGACGUUUUAUACCAGCAUUUCCGACAGAAGGCAGAUGCGAUCCAUAAAGGGCUUGAUUCGAAUAAAAGCAAUUUCGCACUGUUCCUUUCAAGCUAUCAGGGAUGUAUGGGAGCUUCGAUCCCAGCUGCAAAGCUACCCAAAGCGCCAGAUUGUUUUGAUGUUUUUUUUGUGAUUGAACACUAUGGCGAAGAAACAGAAAGCCCAAACAUAUCAGAUUAUGCCCAGUCCUAUACGUCUACACCUUCUAUGCAUCCCCACAGCUGCAACUUUUCUGUUCCGCUUUACCAUGAUCGCCAGCCGCGUGGCUAUGAUCAUGAUUCACAUAGAGGUACUGCAUUGAGUACUAUGCCUGUGCCUGAGCAGCAUAUACGACACCUGCAAAUACUUCACGAUGUGCAAGUGGAGGCUAAGAUCUGUGCACUUCUACCCCAAAUGGAUAAUUGGUUAGAUGGGACUUUGCCUCUUUCGGAUCAGCCCCAUCAUGAUUUUGGCGUUAUUGUUCCGUCUGUGGAUGUUGAUAGGCCAUUGAUCCCAGUCCGAGACCUGCUAUACAAAGGGUUCGGAACAUUCGCCCUCAUACGCACAUCCAAGGAUGUUUUCUCGCCUCAAAACAUCCCCGAGGCUGUCUAUACGGUGCUCAGAGUAGACGGGCCGGGCCUAAUCGGCAACCAGAAAGUGGCCAUAGGCGAGUCAAUCUGGGUUAGCCAUCAGACAACCUUAUCCGCUGGUCUGAUCCUUCUGAUUGGCGUUUUCCCAACGGUAGUAGUUGGACAGAAGGUCUAG